GUUGCAGGUAUCCGUGAGGCACACCGAGGCGGACGGAUCGCAAGCCUCAUCGGGGUUGAAGGGGGCCAUUCUUUAGGAAGUUCCUUGGGAGUCCUCAGGAUGUUCUACGGCCUAGGGGCUAGGUACCUCACCCUCACUCACACCUGUCACACUCCAUGGGCUGGGUGUUGUCAUGGGGAGGAUGAUAACCAGGGCCUCUCACAUUUCGGCAAGCUGGUGGUCCGAGAGCUGAACAGGCUGGGCAUGUUGGUGGACCUCAGCCACACCUCCUUCAAGACGAUGGAGGCAGCCCUCAACGAGUCCGUGGCUCCGGUCAUAUUCUCCCAUUCUUCGGCCUUCGCGCUCUGCAACUCCACCAGGAACGUACCAGACUAUAUACUGAAACUACUGGCCUUAAACGGUGGUUUGGUAAUGGUGAAUUUCUACACGUAUUUUAUAAGCUGUAAUCAGACCGCUACACUGGAGGACGUAAUUGCUCACAUAAAUCAUAUUAGGAAGGUUGCAGGGGAAGAUCAUGUCGGCAUCGGAGCGGGCUAUGACGGAAUAAAUAUGAGUAAUAUUAUAGACAACAUGGAGGGAGAUGAAAGGGAAGAAGGGGACCCUCCAAGGGUUUCACGUUCAACCGCAAAAAGGGCGAGAAAGGUUUCUCUUGUUGAUAACGCAGAAGCUUCUGAGGUAGGAAUCUCAAAUGACUUCCUUCAAAAAGCAAAGAUAAUUCAAGAAAACCUCCGAAUAUACCUAACUAAAGCUGACAAAAGUAUUAAAAAUAAAGACCAAAACCACAUUAAUGGCAAAAUACAGUGGUUCAUUGACGCUAUUGAAUCGUUGGAGGAAAGGACAAAGCAGUACAAAGAUAAGAGUGAGGGUUUAUCUUUACUUGUCCAUAAAGCGGUUCAGGAAACACUUACCUCGCCUUCAGUACAUUCGAUGAUAACAAGCAUCAUAAUAGAGAAAACAGUGCCGAAGGUUAUAGAAUCUCUCUCACCAACCACUAUGAAAUCUAAUGGUCCCCUCGCCAUCCCUGGAAAAAGCAACGAAAAGUCAUCCGCGACUAACGUGACCCCGCCUGAGCCUUUACCAGCCGCAGUUCCUUUUACAGUCGUUAAGAGCAAAAGAAACAGGAAAAAGACUAAAAAGACGCCAAAGGGCUUGGAAGACGUGUCCAAGUACCCGGACCUCCUGGCAGCUCUCAUGAAGGACCCACAGUGGGGUGAGCUGCAAGUGAAAAAGUUGGCAGAAAUAAAACCGCAUUUGCAAUUAUGUGGAAGUAUGGAAGAUCAAAUCAUCAAAUUGCUGGAAGCAGGAUUCAUAGAAGAAUCUCAAUCUGCAUUCGCGGCACCGGUAACAUUAGAAUGCAAGAAAGAAGAUAAUAUAAGAUCACCAGCCUUUUGA